GCUUUUAUUUUUCUGUUUCAUUUGCAUAUAUUUAAUUUAAUAACAGUUACAGUAUUUACUAUUUUGCAGCGGAUGUCGUUGGCUCAGAGACUUGUUAUAAAUAUAAUAUGAAAUAAAGCGAUACUGUUCGCUUGUUGUCGUCACUUCUAAGUUAAUAAUUAGCUUAAAAUAAUAUUAAAAACAGAGUUACGUAUCCUAAACUUUAGCCGUAAUUGGUUCUUGAAAUGUGGUGUCUGUUUUACUAAGUGAAAGUUAAAAUGCGCGUGCCAAAUCAUGAAGAUAUGUCCCUCUUCAUUGGUCAAUAAUUAAUGUGUUUGAAUGAGCGUCUCUGCAUAAUAAAUUGUUACGAUUGUCGAUUUCAUUUUUCGUUUACUUUAGAAGUUUUUCUUAAAAAUGGCCCUCAAAGUAGAACAGACGAACGACCUGAACUUCAUAGCAAGGAACCUUUUAGCUGGAGGUAUUGCUGGCAUGUGUGCUAAGACUACAGUUGCUCCAUUGGACAGGAUAAAGAUACUGUUGCAGGCUCAGUCAUCCCAUUACAAACACCAUGGAGUGUUUGGUGGCCUCAUGGCAAUAGUUAAACAGGAAUCAUUUAUAGCGUUAUACAAGGGUAAUGGAGCCCAAAUGGUCAGGAUAUUCCCGUAUGCUGCAACACAGUUUACGAGCUUUGAAAUUUAUAAAAAAUACCUUGGCGGUCUGAACGUGCCGAUGGUGCAGCACGGAGACAAGUUCGUAGCUGGUGCGGGCGCCGGAGUCACCUCCGUAACGCUCACAUACCCACUGGACACCAUCCGGGCUCGUCUGGCCUUCCAGAUCAGCGGGGAGCAUCGAUACACUGGCAUCGUGCACGCCGCCUCCUCUAUGUUUAAAACUGAAGGUGGUAUACGUGCUCUGUACCGCGGCUUCGUGCCCACGUUGGUGGGAAUGGUUCCGUACGCCGGCUUCAGCUUCUACUGCUUCGAGUCGCUCAAGUUCUUCUGCAUGAAGUAUUUCCCCACCACACUCUGCCGGAAGUGCGAUCGAAAUACAGGUGGUCUGGUCCUGUCGGUGCCUGGUAAGCUUCUGUGUGGUGGAUUUGCUGGAGCAGUAGCUCAGUCAGUCUCGUAUCCCCUGGACGUCACCAGGAGGAGAAUGCAGUUGGCUGCGAUGGACCCCACUACCAGACAUUUUGGCGUGGGUAUGGUGAAGACCCUGAAGCACAUCUACAAGGAAAACGGCGUCGUGAAGGGUCUGUACCGCGGUAUGAGUGUCAACUACAUCCGCGCCAUUCCCAUGGUCGCGACCUCAUUCUCCACCUACGAGAUGAUGAAGCAACUGCUGGAUCUCGACACGGGAAUGAAGAUAUGAUAAACCUAAAAAUGGUUAAUACUACUGGGAACAUAUAAAUUAUUUGUCAAAUGUCGAUAAGGGUCAUUUCGAUAUGUGUAAUAUUUAAGUAGUCCGAAUUUUGUGAUCAUUGUAUCGUAUGUUCUAAAUAAACGGCCGUUCCCAAUAUUCAGUCUAUCUCUUAGUUGAGAUAAAAAUCGUAAAUAUCGUUGACUUUUCUGUCCCAAUAAACUUAUCGACGGUAACUCACCUUAUCCGUACACGCUGUCUGUCAAUGGGACGACGUAUAGCUUACCAGCGAUAGAAGUUUGUAUGGAAAUAGCAAUUCACGCGUCCCAAUAUAACGCGAUAAGAAUGACUUAUCGGGUAUAUUGGGACAGCUUCAGAUUAUUGACAGCUAAUUACUGACAGUAGAAGGUAGUCAUUUAUCUCUAUCUGUAGAUAGUAUAUUGGGAACGGCCGUUACUGUAUUGUGUCUUUAUUUCAACUGUGACAUUCCGAUAUUAUAUACGAAAGAGACGGGUGCUAAUAUUCCAUACCUCUUCUAACACUGCAGUCGACCGGCUCCAUUCAGUCAUUAGGUUAUUCUGUCACCAUUGAUUUUGCCAUUCUAGUCUCCACGUAACAGUAUUUUUUGGUUGUUAUUAUUUCAGUUUUGAUUAGAGUUGAAACAGGUUUUUUUUUAUGAAAAUAAGGGACGA